CAUCUGAGCAUCAGUCUGACUGUACUUGGACUUUCUCUCUCUGCUGUUCGGACUCAGUCAUGUCAAACAACAGCGCCGCCAACAGCAGUUUAGUCAUCGCCCAGAAGGCGGUGAAGCAGCUUCGCCUGGAGGCCAGCGUCCGCAGGAUCAAGGUCUCUCAGGCCGCUGCAGAACUGAAGACCUUCUGUUUGCAAAAUGCCCACAAAGACCCUCUCCUCACCGGGGUGCCCUCCAGCGACAACCCAUUCCGGCCUCCCAAGUCAUGUGUGCUCCUCUGAGGUGCCUCUCUUCCUGGACUGUGAAGGAGUGAAAAAACACUCAGAUGCAUGAUUGUUCCGAUGGGGAUUUCUGUCGUGCAACGCUAUUGAAGACAAUAAUAACUAUAUGUACAUUCAGAGGACUACACAACAGACUUUACUGCUACGAUUCUGCCUUCAUGACCAAAUCCAAAACCCACAACUCAGUUACAGUAGAAUUUUCAACAGGGGUUGAUGCUUGAUGAUAAAAGUCUGUGUCUGAUGAAAAGGGGACCCAUGAAAAGUCACAUUGGAAGACAUCAGAUUACCGUCAGAUUUGUUUUCAUUUAUGAAUGUUGCCCAGAACAAUCUCAUUUUAUGAAUUUUCCACAUGUUUCUAAUACAAAUCAUAACUGUAGUCAUAACUUUGUUAUCACUGCAUUGGCAUUUCCUUUAAAAAAAAAAAACAAAAAAAAACAGCAAGCAUUGAGCAAAAAAAAAAAAACAACAACAAAAAAACCCCCCAAAAAUAAACUCUAAUUACCAUCUGCUGAUUUUGAUAUAUUAAUUCCAGUCACCAGUUUUUCAGAAAUGGGAGCCUUUAACUAACUAAAUGUUACCAUGAGUUCAGUUUUCUGUGCCACUGAAGCUGUAUCUGAGUUUUUCAGAAUAAAACCCACAUUAAGCUGCAGUGAUGAGUCCAUUUAUUGAUUUGUCAAUCAACUCAAAGUUAAGUGCCAACUAUUCUCAUCAUGGACUCAUUCCUUCAGGCAAAUUUUUUUUUCUGAUUUGAUCUUCUUCAGUGUAAAGAUUCAAUGUGUUUCUUCUUUGUUUUACAUGACUGUAACCUAAAUAUCUUUGGUUUUUGCUGUCUGUCAAGUUAAUGUACCAAAUGUAAACCCUCAUUCUUUAGAUGCGACUGUGUCAUUUAGAAAACAUUAAAUUAUUACCACAAUGUCUUUUA